UUGAAUAAUCUGGCAACUCUAAACUAAUGUCAGAGCAUAUACGGCUUCCUGUUAGCUUGCUUUGACAGCGCUCUUUCUACCAUUUGACAGCAACUGAGUGACAAUGGCAGUCCGUUACGAGCUGUGUAUUGGUCUCAACAAAGGCCACAAGACCACCAAAGUCAAGAAUGUUAAGUACACCGGCGACAAGAAGGUCAAGGGUCUGCGUGGCUCUCGUUUGAAGAACAUUCAAACCCGCCACACAAAGUUCACCCGCGAUCUGGUUCGUGAAGUGGUUGGACAUGCUCCCUACGAGAAGCGCACCAUGGAAUUGUUGAAGGUGUCCAAGGAUAAGCGCGCUCUUAAGUUCUUGAAGCGCCGCUUGGGCACACACAUUCGUGCCAAGAGGAAGCGUGAGGAACUGUCCAACAUUCUCACUCAGCUGAGGAAGGCUCAGACUCAUGCCAAGUAAAAAAGUUGGCAACCAACAACAACAGCAACAACAUCAAGCAGCACACUUUAAAACAACAGCAACUGUGUUUUUUUUUAUAUAUGUUGCGCGGUGUUAAUUACAUUUGCUAAAGCGUGUAAGAAAGAAAACCGAAUAGUCGAUGAAGCCACAAUUAAAAAAAAUUACAAUAA